AUGGAACAGCAGCCCGCGCCCCGAAAGAAAUUCACCCUCAUUGGGAACCAUUCGAAAGAUGUUAUCGGAUUCCCUAAGACUGCAUCUGGCUCGGGGAAUGCCGUCCUCUCUGAAAUGCGAGGUGGAGUCCAUUUAUUGCGUUACUUCCUCAAGAAUCUUCUGGGAUUGGAUGAGGACGACGACAUGAACCCAGGUUCGGGGCAGCCAAACUCAUUCAUUGAAUUAUUCAAGAGCAAGAGAAAAGACGAGAACGACGUCGAAAAAGAAUACUACCAAGUGCGGCGCCAUCUUCAUGUGGAGAAGAACCCUCCCAGUCGAAUUCAAGAACCUUUGGAGAACAAUCCUGAAGGUGCUGAUAUAGAUGAUGUGAUGAUUAUCAUGCUUGAAGAGCCAUGUGCUCCCAACGGGGGCAGCUUCGGUGAGGGCAAUGUACUUAGGGUUGGCCCUGUUCGAGACACAAAUCUGAAUACUACUAUCACAACGUUCACGGGUGUCCUGGUCUGCAAGAUGCCUUACCCCUCAUACGAUGGGCCUCGUGGACAAUCUCCAUUGAUGGAGGCAUUCAAAACCCGGGCCAACAACAACCGCGAUACGGUCAUAAUUAUCGACGCUGACGAUCUUCGGAGGAAGGGAGCCAAGAUUAGUCGCCAUUUGUCUUGGGCCAAAACGGCAGAAGACCUAGACAAGUUUUUGCCAUGA